ACGCAAUAAAACAUAUUCGUGUAAUCACGUGUAAUUUUGUAUGAUUCUCUUCAUAAUAAAAUUAAUUCCCACUGUCAAUAAAAUAACGUCUGGCUACUGAAAAAAAUGGCACAAUCAAGUGAUGAACCCCCAAAGAAAAAAAAAUGUGGCAAAAGCUUGUGUCACUUGUUAAACAUUCGUAGUGGAACAGUGGAUCUUCCUGGUGAUGAAGAAAUCACAUUGACUGUUGGUAGCAGAAGCAUGAAUAUCAUGAACGUAACACUAGAUGAUUAUGCUUACUUGGAUUCUAAUUUAGACGUUGCCUAUUAUGGUCAAGAAGAUAAAAAAAUAACAGACACAGAUGUUCGUAAGUCCAAACACACAAAAACAUUCAACAUCAAUUUGAACAUUAGGACAAUACUCAAGAACAUAAAAGUUGAAGGAUACAUUGAUCAAUACAAAUUAAAUUAUUAUAAAACUGGUGAUUUUUUUCUUUCACAUCGUGAUACAAAUCGUCGAGGACUAAUGGGUACAUUUAUUUUAUUAUUACCAUCAGAAUAUAUUGGUGGUGAAUUAUGUUUUGGAGAUUACAAUGCUGAAGAACAUCUGGAUAAAUCAACAUUAAGAUUUAUUUAUUUUAAUGGUGAAUUGGAACAUUCAGUUACCAAAGUUUUGAGUGGUCAUCGUUUAUCAUUGGUUUACAAUAUUUAUAAUUCACGUUAUCAUCAAAAUAACAUUAUUGAACCAGCAGCAGUUAAUAUUCAUUUUCCUGAUGAAUAUUAUAAAGAAUUAUUGGAUUAUACAAUUGAAUAUUGUAAUGGAAAAAAAAAUAUAUUGCUGGGUCAUUAUAAACAUCGUAAUGAUGUAUUUAAACGUUUACUCAAUGACAUUGGUAAUAAUUGUAAGGUCAUUACAGUAUCAGUUGAUAGAAAAUCUCCAAUAAGUACAAUUGAAACUGUUUAUACAUUGUAUAGUCCUGAUCCAAAUAUCCCCGAAUCCGAAUUUGAUGAAUUUGAUGAUCUCAUUGAAAACGAGUAUGAUGUUAGACAUACAUUAUUUGCAGAUAAUGGCAAUUUAAAAAAAGACUCAAUAGAAUUUCCUGGAUAUGCCGGCAAUUCACCAGAAUACUACAUGGUCACAAUUGAACACUACACUGCUUAUUUGAUUAAUCCAGAUAGACCUAGAAGAAGAUCGUAAAGAAAAAAAAAAAUUACCUAAUUAAAUAAAU